ACUCAAGGAAGGAAAGAGGUGGAGGAGGAACAAGAACAACAAGAAGACGAAGAACAACAGCAACAACAACAACAACAAAAGGAACCAGAACCACAAGAAGAAGAAGAGGAAGCCAGCACACCAGGACACACGAGCCAUCUAUCAAACAAGCUGCCGCCGGCCUGCUCAAGUUGGCAACCACUCAAGCAGAAGAAGUCUUGCCCUGCUGCCCCCCCCCCUCACUGCCCCCGCCCCCCUCUGUGUGUGUGACCCCCUGACCCCGCCCCCCUCCCCCCCACCCUGGUCACAGCUCCCUCAGGACUUUUAACUAACUUACAUUGUAGCAAAAGUUUCCACGCUAACAACUUCUUGGUUUGACAGUUUACACACACACACACACACACACACACACACACACACACACACACACUGACGCCAACUUCCCACACUACUCCUGCCCUCUCUCUCCCCCUCUCCCCCUCUCCCUCUCUCUCUUUCUCUCUCUGGUGUCCUUGCUUCUUACUCCGCCCCACUCCCGUCACUCCCUCAAUAUCUACUCCCUUCUCCCUUACUUCUCUCUACCCCUUCACAUUCCCUUCCAACACCCCUUCAAACACCCCUUUCUGACCCCUACAAUCCCCUUCACCAUACUUAACCCCCUCCUCCCACCCCCAUCACGACCCUUCACCUCCCCCACACUCUGAAACCCCUUCAAAUAGCCCUUACUGACCAUCUUCUCCCAGUUCCACACACCCUUUCUGAGCCCUUCCACCCUUUCAAUCCCUCCACCACCAUCUCAAUCCAAGAAUUCACCACUAUACUCCCUCUUUGGCCAUUCAGACCCCCUUUAAAAACCCUUCUAACACCCCUUUCUGACCUACUUCAAAUCCAUUCCACACACUAUUUCUGAUUCUUUCUGAUCCCCUUUCCAUCUCCCUCUUUAAACACCCCUUCAAAUACCCCUUUCAACCCUUCUUAGAACUCUCCCUACACCCCUGAGUCUCUUCACCCCCUUCUGAUAACCCCUAUACCCCCUAGACCAACCCCCUUCAACUCCAGUCAACCCCUUCUGCCAACCCCUAAACCCCAUUAGACCAACCCCUUCAACUCCAGUCACCCCCUCCACCACCAUCCCCUCCAUAUACCAAGCCACCGCCAUAGCACCCCCGCCCCUCCUGCCGCCCCUCCCCGCCGGCCGUCUGCAGAAUGUCUAUCGGCGGCGGCGCUCAUUUGAUAUUCGGGGGCGGCAGCAGCAACCGAACCGUCACCUCGCAGCAGUUCGAGUGUCACCCCGGCGGCACCACGGAGGCUGCCAUCAUCCUGUCCCUCGGCGCGCUGGGCAUGUCCGCAAACAUCUUUCUCAUGACGCUGCUCAUCGCGCGAAAACACCUCAGAAGGUGGUCCCAGGGUCUGCUCUUCCACCAGGCGCUCGUGGACUGCGGGCGGGCUGCAAUACUUAUCCCAUUAGGAAGGUCUAUAUACAGCUGCCAGCCGGUGACCAAGUGCUCGCUGGUGGAGACGGCCUUCCUGCUGCUCGUCACCGUGUCCACAAUCAAUAUGUUAACAACGGUAUUGAGUCAAGUCCUCAACGACGCUCCGCUGCUGCCCGAGGACUCUGACCAGAAGCAGAUGCCCCUCGUCAUGGAGUCCCCCCAGUGCGUGCUCUUCGGGACCUUCAUGAUUUGGUUCGCCUCGAUCACCAUCAACCUCGGACCGACCUUCCUCUCCGGAGCGCUCGCGGCGAACAUUGACGAGGAGCACAACGCGCCCUCGUGCCCGCUCAUCACGGGUCCACUGCGCCACUACGUCCUCAACGUGCUGUGGAUCGUGACCAACGUGCUGGUGCUGCUGCUCACCGUCUACCACCUCUACAAGCUGUACCGCGACCUCUCCACCUCCUCGCUGGAAGCCGUCCGCAUCGCAUCGCUCGUCACCACCAUGAUCAGCGUCACGCAGCCACGCAACCAAGACCCUGAGGCGCGGGAGCAUCGUCAGGUCAACAGCUACAUCAGCCGUAUGGAGCGCGAGGGAGUGGAGCGCGUCAAGAUGUUCGUGGUGGUGACGAUAGCCUACGUGGUGUUCUGGGGGCCGCUCUUCCUCGUCACGCUGCUCACCCCGUCGGGAGGCAAGACAGGACUGAGCCAUGAGGUGACCCUCCAUGUGGCGUACGUGCAUGCGUUCGUCAACCCGGCCCUGUUCCUGGCGCUGCACAAGGGACUCAGGAAAGCCGUCACCGACAUUAUGUGCUGCCACUGCUCCUCCCAAUGCAUAGUAAAUGAGGACUCUGGAGGCCGCGUGGGUGACGGCGGCCUCUCCAGCCUCCAGUCCAACAUGGCGUCCUCCAGGGCCAGCCUCGGGGGGGGCGGCGGCGGGCUGGGGGGCCUGGCCGGGCUGGGGGCGGCCAUGGGGGCGAGCGGCGGGCUGGGCGGGGGUGCCUCGGGCCUCUCCCCCGCGGCCCAGGCGCUGCCCCAGUACUCCACCGAGGGGGACAUCACCCCGCCCCCAUUCUCCUCCAUCAACC